AUGUGUAUUAUCCAACCCUACACUGCGUGGCACUGCGGUUGCCGCAUUGAGGAAAACGACCCGGCACUGGCCCAAAUCUGCAUCGCAAAGGCUCGCAACGCAGAAGCCAAGUGCACCCUGUACGUCGUCCCAUCAUUUGGUGAGGAUGUCCCCGCUCCAUGCGAUUGCCCAAGCCCGCAAGAGAGCUGUGACAGCAGCAGCAGCAGCGACAGUGGAGACAGCGUCGAAGACCUGGUCGAAUCCAAGGCAGGCCAAAACAGCGGUGUCAUGGACACAUGCAGCGAGGAUGCAGAUUCUGGUGACGCAGACGGAUGGCAUGACAAGAGCAUCGAAGACGAGAUACUCGCUGACGACAUCCAGUCGAGGCGCCUCCAAGCGCCUAUCUCGCCGCGCAUGUGCCCCGAACAUGAAGCCAAGUUCGAGAACCUUGCCAACGCCUACUGGCGCAGCGAGACCCUUUGGCUGCGGCCCAAGAUGCUCAACCACGGCCGGCGUGCGUAUCAGGACCUGGUGCUCGCGCAACGCUGUGCUGACCGGCUCUGGGAGUUGUACCUCGUGUGGAAGUUUUUCAACGGUGGCGACCCGCACGGCGCUGCCAUCGUGACUGGCCCGGAUUUCCAACCACUCUACCGCACCGGCAGCGGCGCCGACGAGGUUUGUGGCAACGACAAUACCGCGCGAAACCUGAAGGACGUUGCGGAGGUGGAUGCGAGCCGCACGCUGCGAGCCGUUUCCAACUUUGGUGACGUCACCUACCGCGUCCUCCGUUGGGCGCUCGAUGAUCUCUUGACGGUACUCCGCGACAUGCUACAUCCGAGCGAGAUGCUAGCUUGA